GCAGGAAAUGGUGUUACCCGUGACGCUCGAGUCGAUACGAGUUGCCCGCCGUUCUGUCAAGAUGUCGUGACGUGUGAUCCGCUCCGAACCGGCCGUGACAUUUAUUUCAUCUUUUGAAUAGUACCGCUACCUGAUUUUUGUAUUUCGUGCAUGGUGGAUGAACGCGCGUCGACUGCUCCAGAAGAAGUUCAGACAGCUCGGUUCGUUUAAGGUUCCGGAGGAUGUCGGACGACGAGAAGGAAGAGGAGAAGCCGUUCGCGGUGGAGCGAGCGAAGACUGGCCGCGCGAAAUGCAAGAAGUGCAAGUGCCCGAUCGAUAAGGAUGCCGUGAGGAUCGCGAAACUGGUCUCGAAUCCGUUCGGCGACGGCAAGAUGAAAGCCUGGCACCACGUCACGUGCCUGUUCGAUGUGUUCGCGAAGCAGAGGGCGACUACCAAGCGGAUAGACGAUCCCGAGGAGGAUAUCGAUGGCUGGCAUGAUCUCUGCGAAGAGGAUAGGAAGAUUAUCCUGCAGAAGCUCGAGGAAUUCGAGAAUUCUGCGCCGUUUAAGACACCCAAAGCGAAAAAAGAAGCAGACACUUCGAAGCGCAAAGCGACUCCCACGAAAGGCACUGUCGCAAAGCCGAAUAAGACGAAACAAGAAGACAAGUCCUCCAGCGAGGAUCUGGCAGAUUCGAAAUCGAAGAACCGUAAAGCAGUUCCGAGUAAAGACGAUUCCUUCGAGGCGUUUCAGAAGCUGUGCGAGGACAUUGCCAAAGUCGACGCGUACACCGACAAGACCGCAGUCGUUAGGAAGAUGCUGACGAAAGGAUCCACUGGCGAUGGUUUCAAGAGCGACACGGUUCUCUGGGUGAAAAUGUUGUUACCAGCAGCUAUGAAGAGAAUCUACAAUCUACAGAGUAAACAGUUGGUGAAAUUGUUCUCCAGAAUACUGCUACAGGACGAAGACGAGAUGCUGGAACACUUAGAGCAAGGGGACGUGGCUGAAACUAUUCGAUUAUUUUUUGAGAAGAACCUCGCUGUGCAGCCUGCUUCUAAAAGUGUUCUUACUAUUCAAGAGGUCGAGCAGUUUCUGGAGAAACUGUCGUUCCUGACUAAAGAGGACGAGCAGAUUCAGCACUUCCGCUCGCUCAUUUCUAGCUGCACUUGCAACGAUCUGAAGAUGAUCAUCAGGCUAAUCAAGCACGACCUAAGGAUAAACGCUGGACCGAAGCACAUUUUAGGGGCAGUGCACGACGACGCGUACGCUGCCUUCCAAACGUCCAGGGACUUAGUCAACGUUGUCAAGCGUUGUUUGCCAGAUUCGAGGGGCGGACAGCCGCCGCCAUCUUCUUCGAAGUCGCCUUCCGGCAAUAAAGUUGCCCUCACUUUGAUGACGCCCGUUCUGCCGAUGCUGGCGGAAGCUUGCAAAUCCGUCGAGAUGGCGAUGAAGAAAUGUCCUCGCGGGAUGCUGUCUGAAGUGAAGUACGACGGGGAACGUGUCCAAGUGCACAAGAGAGGCAGCGAGUUUCGAUAUUUCAGCAGAUCGCUGAAACCUGUGCUUCCUCACAAAGUGAACCUCUUCAAGGAGUACAUUCCGAAGGCGUUCCCAGGCGGCGACGAUUUGAUCUUGGAUUCCGAGAUCCUCGUGAUAGACACGAAGACUGGCCAGCCGUUGCCUUUUGGCACUUUAGGCGUUCACAAGAGAGCAGAGUUCAAGGACGCCAACGUCUGCCUCUUCGUGUUCGACUGCAUCUACUACAACGGCGAGGUGUUGUUGAACAAGAGCAUGAUGCAUCGAAGACAAAUCCUAAAGGAGAAGAUGACCGAAAUACCCAAUAGGAUAAUGCUGUCAGAGGUCCAGGAAAUUCAUUAUCCUCGGGAUUUAGCGGAAAUGAUCGCCAAAGUUCUCAAGUUGGGCCUCGAGGGAUUGGUUCUAAAGGAUGUCACUGGUAAAUAUGAACCUGGCAAGAGACACUGGCUGAAGGUAAAAAAGGAUUACUUGUUCGACGGUGCGAUGGCCGACAGCGCAGAUCUCGUCGUUCUCGGCGCAUGGUACGGCACAGGGAACAAGGGUGGAAUGAUGUCAAUUUUCUUAAUGGGCUGCUACGACGAGGACAGCGACAAGUGGCUCACUGUGACCAAAGUGCACACUGGCCACGACGAUGCUACCUUGACUUUAUUACAGAACGAACUGGACAUGGUCAAGAUAGGCAAAGACCCUAACAAAGUGCCGUCCUGGCUGCGAGCGAAGAAGCCCAUGAUUCCUGACUUCGUGGCGAGGGAUCCGAAGAAGCAACCGGUAUGGGAGAUCACAGGCGCAGAGUUCACGGACCAAGGUGUCCACACCGCAGACGGAAUCAGCAUCAGGUUCCCACGGGUGACGCGCAUCCGCGACGACAAGGACUGGUCCACCGCGACCAAUCUCGCCGAGCUGCGGAAUUUGUUUAACAAAAAAUCGGACUCCAUCGACUUGAGCCUCCUUCUCUCCGAUUCCAAGCCUAGAACAUCAGUUACCAACGAAUCAAUCGAAAACAGUUCAUUCGACGACACAAAGGUCGAAGAGACCGAGUCGCCGAGAGAACCGAAGAAGCGCAGGAAGUCGAAGAAGGAAAACGGCGAGAAAACUGCGAAAAAGGGACGCGACACAGGAAUCUUCACUGGUGCAAAGAUAAAAGAGGAACCGGUCGAGAAGAAAGUGAAAACGAAGGAAUCAAAGAUCAAGGAAGAACCUCUGGAUGCGAAGAUAAAGGAGGAACCACGCGACGAACCGGAAGUAGGCUGCCAGGAGGCGGAGGACGAGGCGAGGCCGGAGUUCUACGCGUUCGUGGACAAGGAUUACGUAGAAUAUUCCGCAGCCGGCGCGCCGCUGAACUGGAUAGACGGACGGGAGCCGCAGCAUGGCCUGCCCAGGGACGCCAAGCCGUUGUCGAGUUUCUCCGCUGGCGAACUGAAAACGAGGACGAUCCUGAAAGGUGCUCCAGUUAUCCUAGCACCAGGCUUCAAAAGGAAGAAGCGCGAACGCGUUCGCAGGAUGCUCAAAACGCUGGGAGCCAGGCUCUUGGGGGAGCGGGAGAGAUCGAUGGCCACGCACGUGAUCCAUCCUAGCCAGGAGAUCUCGUCGACAGCGAUCCACGAGUUCGAGGCUACGCCGAAGACGGCCCGGCACGUGACCGUCGCGUGGCUCGAGGCUUCAGCUUCCGCGUCCACGCCACCGGAAACGGAGGAAUUCGCGGUCCAGCUGGCCCCUGAUUACUGCGACUGCCCGUGCCAACAUCGAUGACCCUUGACGCCAUUUUUUGGCGUGCUGAUGUGGAGUAGUCGAUUGUUUGGGGAUUGUGGUUUGAAACGCAAUUGGGAAGGAUUCUAUGUUAUUGUAAUUUAAACAGUACUGUAAUUAUGGUAGCUUAACGGAGGAAUUCGUGGAGCCAACAUCGAUGACUCUGGACGUCUGUUUUUGGCGUGCUGAUGUGAAGUAGUCGAUUUUUUCUUGGGAAUUGUGGUUUGAAACGCAAUUGGGAAGAUGACUUCUAUGCGAUGAAAAUACUCAGUUACCGGAGUUAUUGUAAUUAAAACAGUACUGUUGUAAUCAUUGCAGCUUAACGGAGAAAUUCGCAAUUGCUACGACUGCUCGUUCCGUCACCGAUAACCCCAGAUGUCAUUUUUUGGCGUGCUGACGUGGAGUAGUCGAUUGUUUGGGGAUUGUGGUUUAAAACGCAAGUAGAAGGAGAUGAUUUCUAUGUUAUCGUAAUUAAAACAGUGCUGUCAUAAUUAUUGUAGCUCAACACUGGAACUACCGAGCAUUUCGUACGAUUAGGCAAUCUGUGUCAUUCAACGAGAACUUUGUAAUGACAUUGAUAGUUAAUGUCCUUAGUCUUGCAAUCGCAGAGCUCCUUAUUUCAAUCUCUGUUUAGAAAUAUGACUUUGUGUAAGCUACGAACAUUGAAUUGAACGAGUUAGUCUAAGAGUAACUAAUACUAAUGAAUAUUUCAGAAUCUCUCAUUAAGAGUGGAAUUUUUUACGAAGAAACCGAGUGCAUGUCGCGCGAGAAUAUCUGUACACCGUAUCUUUUGUCAAUCAUGAAAAAUCUAAUGUGUAUUGCUUUGUACAAACUGCUCUGAAUUUUAGAAUAAUGCCAGAAAAGUGAUUU